GUGGCAUUAUAAAUUCAGUUUCAUAAGACAACACAAACACAGUGAAGUGAAGUGUUGACAAAAACCAAUGGAGAUUGUAGGAAUGGGUUUUCGUCCCACAGAUGAAGAACUUGUCGACUUUUACCUCAAACACAAGUUGCUCGAUGAUGAUCCCCUUGUCCAUGUCUUGACUGACAUAGAUCUUUCCGACGUGGAACCUUGGGAAAUACCAGAGAUGUUAGCAAAAUCAGUAAUAGCAUUCAAAACCUCAGAAUGGUUUUUCUUCAGUCCUGUUAAUUUGAAGUACUCAAAUAGUAAAAGGUUUAAAAGGACAACCAAGAGUGGGUUCUGGAAACCAACGGGAAAACCCCGUGAUGUUAGAACAGGGGACACCGAUACUGUCAUUGGGACUAAGAAGACUCUUGUUUUCCAAAGUGGUCAUGUUUCCAAAGGUGUCACUGUCAAAUCCAACUGGGUUAUUCACGAAUAUCAUGCUCUUAACUUUCUCCAAAGCCAGAAUGCUUUUGUGUUAUGCCGCUUGAAAAAGAAACAUGGGAAAACGACCGAAGGAGGAACUGCUGCACUGAUCUCUGAUGAAGAGGAAUCCAGUAGAAGUGUGGUUUCUGACAAUGAACAUCAGGCAAUAGCAGAAGGAGUUCCAUCUGGAGGUACUUUUACCGGAAUGGAAACAAUCUGUCAGGCAAAACAUCAGGCGGAAAAAUGCAUCUCCCCAAUCGAACAGUCACUAAUUGAAUUUGAGAAAGAUGACGAUGCCUAUUUUAGAAAUGAAAAUAACAUUAGGCAGAUUCCUUGUGAAACUAUGCAAACUGUUUGUGAAAUCACACAAAUUUCUUUUGAAAGUUUGCAGAUUCGCCAUGAAUUUAUGCAGACUCCUUAUGAAACUAUGCAAGUUUCUUGUGAAACUAUGCAUAUUCCUUGUGAAACUAUGCAAAUUCCAUGUGAAAGUAUAGAAGCUCCUAGUGAAACUAUACAGGUUCCUAGUGAAACUAUACAGAUUCCUUCCUUUUGUAAGUAUGCAGACCCCAUUAGAUACUAAACAAAUUCCUUCUGAAACUGCACGGAUUCUACUUGAACUCCAGAAUUCAUUAUUUGCUAAUGAAAGUUUAGUCCCUCAAUCAAAGUCAUUGAAAAGGGCAUAUUGCGAAAGCUCUUAUAUAGAUGCACAACUCGUCCCUAAACUUGUAAAUAAUUAUUCUGUAAAGUCCAAAUAAUAUUGAUGAGUGUAUCUCCUUUUGUUUCUGAAUUUUCAUGCUGAUUUAGUAAGUUAAAAGUUGUAGUAUGCUUUAUGGUGAUUUGAAUUUUGUCAUAUUUUUCACAAUGUAUAAGGAUUUUCUCGUUUAGAUUCUUGAAAGAUGCUCAAGAAAAUGCGUGGUUUGAGUUGGCUUUGAUGUUUUGUUGUGAUUCAUGAUCGAUUGAUGGGUUAUUAUUUAGACUUAAGAAAAGGCAAUCUAUUUCUAUACCCGUUUUUGCCUUUCGUUGAAUCUCUUCCGCUACAUAGAUCAUAGGACUUGAGAACUAAACUUUUUCUUGAGUUUGUUAAAUUGUUAUAUUUUUUUUAGCACUUUUAGAAGUGAAUCAUUUGUUUAUUUUCUUUUAAAACCAUUGCAGGACGCUAGUAUUAAGGAUAUUUCAACUAUGUAUACUGAAUAUCUUAAUUCAGACGAAUCUGGUUCAUCGAAAAGGCUUAAAACAUCAUAUGAUGUUGAACACGGUGACACACAUCUUCUAUUUUACAGCCAAGAAGCAAGU